UACAUAUAAGAAUAUUAUAUAUCGUUUAUAAAUAUUUAUAUAUAAGUGUAACUACGUAAAUGACAAUAUGAAGAUAAGUGUUGAAGGAUUGAUUGUAUACUUUCCCUAUGAUUAUAUUUAUCCGGAACAAUAUGCAUAUAUGCUUGAGCUAAAGCGUGGCUUAGAUGCCAAGGGACACUGUCUAUUGGAGAUGCCUUCAGGCACUGGCAAAACGAUAACAUUGUUAUCACUCAUCGUAGCAUAUAUGUUGGAGCACCCAUUAGUUGUUACAAAAUUGAUUUACUGUUCUCGAACAGUACCAGAGAUAGAAAAAGUUAUAGAGGAGUUGAAGAAACUUAUAGACUAUUAUGAGAAAGAAACUAAAAGCAAGCCAAAAAUUGUUGGUUUAGUCCUUAGUUCUCGUAAGAAUAUGUGUAUUCAUCCUGAGGUCAGUAGAGAACGAGAAGGUAAAAUUGUAGAUGGUCGUUGCCAUUCUCUUACUGCAUCAUAUGUACGAGAAAGACAUAAUUAUGAUGAAUCCACUCCAAUUUGUAAUUUUUAUGAAACAUUUGAUAUGGAAGGUAGAGAGCAAAUUAUUCCACCUGGUAUUUAUUCUAUAGACGAUUUAAAAGAUUACGGAAAAGAUCGUAAUUGGUGCCCAUAUUUCCUCGCGAGGUUCACAAUUAUGCAUGCACAAAUUAUAGUCUACAGUUAUCAUUAUUUAUUGGAUCCAAAAAUCGCCGAAACUGUAUCCAAAGAACUAAACAAGAGUUCAGUAGUUGUCUUUGAUGAGGCUCAUAACAUUGAUAAUGUUUGCAUCGAUUCCAUGAGUGUGAAAAUAAAUAGGAAAUUAAUGGAAAAAAGUUCGACUAACAUACAACUUUUAGAGAAAACUGUAGCUGAUAUGAAAGAAGUUGACAUGAAUAAAUUGAAGGAAGAAUACAAUAGACUGGGAGGGAUUAAAGAUGCUCAAUUACAGAGAGAAACCGAUGUCAUUCUAGCCAAUCCUAUUUUACCAAAUGAAGUACUCGAAGAAGUUGUUCCAGGCAACAUAAGAAACGCUGAGCAUUUCGUCAGCUUUCUGAAGCGAUUCGUCGAGUAUUUGAAAACUCGUUUACGCGUCCAACACGUCGUACAAGAGUCACCCGCGGCGUUCCUGAGGGAUAUCCAAGCGAAAGUCGCCAUCGAAAGGAAGCCACUGCGAUUUUGCGCCCAAAGAUUAGCAUCUCUUUUACGCACAAUGGAAAUAACAGAUCUAACAGAUUUUUCUCCGAUCAUUCUGGUGACGCACCUUGCGACAUUACUCUCAACGUACACACAAGGUUUCACGAUCAUAGUGGAACCGUUCGACGACAAAACACCGACAGUUUUGAAUCCAGUUUUACAUUUUAGCUGCCUAGAUUCUUCUAUCGCCGUCAAGCCUAUAUUUGAUAGAUUUCAAUCUGUGAUAAUCACUUCCGGAACGCUCUCUCCAUUGGAUAUGUAUCCGAAAAUCUUGAAUUUUCAUCCGGUCAUCAUGUCGUCGUUUACAAUGACAUUGGCUAGACCGUGCCUUUUACCUAUGAUUGUUGCCAAAGGUAAUGAUCAAGUAGCUAUUUCGUCCAAAUACGAAACACGAGAAGAUGUGGCUGUUAUAAGAAAUUACGGUCAAUUAUUAGUUGAAUUUGCUGCAACAGUACCCGAUGGCAUAGUUUGCUUUUUCACAUCGUAUUUAUACAUGGAGUCUGUGGUAGCUGCUUGGUAUGAUCAAGGAGUUGUGAAUCAACUUCAGAGGCAUAAAUUACUCUUCAUUGAAACUCAGGAUUCGGCGGAGACCAGUUUAGCUCUGAUAAAUUAUAUAAAGGCUUGCGAGAACGGUAGAGGGGCUAUUCUGCUUUCGGUGGCUCGCGGAAAGGUGUCCGAAGGUGUCGACUUUGAUCAUCACUUGGGCAGGGCUGUACUGAUGUUUGGUAUACCUUACGUAUAUACGCAGUCGCGAAUCUUAAAAGCACGUUUAGAAUAUUUGAGAGACCAGUUUCAAAUUCGAGAGAAUGAUUUCUUAACUUUCGAUGCCAUGAGACAUGCAGCUCAAUGCGUAGGACGUGCGAUUAGAGGCAAAACAGACUAUGGUAUAAUGGUGUUUGCAGAUAAGAGAUUUUCGAGGAUAGAUAAACGGAGCAAAUUACCAAAAUGGAUACAAGAACAUUUGAACGAUAGUUUAUGCAAUUUAUCUACCGAAGAAGCUAUACAGAUCAGUAAAAGAUGGUUACGACAAAUGGCACAGCCAUUUACACGCGAAAACCAGCUUGGAUUAUCAUUGCUGACAAGAGAACAGCUUGAGAAAGAGGAGGCUGCCAAAAUUGAACAAAAAGCGCAGCAAAAAUGAUAGUGUAACUAGGCCGAAUAAUCGAUUUAACUUAGGUAAAGCAAUCUGCACCACUUACAAAAAAUAUAUUUCAUGCUGUUUGCUUGUACAAAUGCCUAUUUAUAAUUUGUACUUUUAACCAUAAUUGCAUUGUAAGAAUGUAAGAUAAUAAGUAUACACUUUUCUAAGUUUAAUAGUA